UUCGGAUCAGUCUCGCUGUGUUCGCCGUACGGUUUUGGUCGCGUGUAACGUCACUUCGGGAGCGGGAAGCAAACGCGCUAAAACCGAGAUAUUAAACCGGAUAAGUAACUGAGAAGAGUUGAAGUUUCGUACAUCCGAUCGCCCGAUUGGUAGCUCGAUCUUAUAAAAGUGAUGCAGUUUUUUAAGUAAAAGAAAAUUCAAACGGCUUCGGUGUUCGAAGUUCGAAUUUAUUGUGCUUCCAUCGUUCUCCGGACUUUUGUACCACCGGGGGCCUCGCCAGUGUCACGUGGACGGGUUAUUCUCUUUUGUUUUCAUCGAGUUUGCAGAGGGCUUCUUCUUAUCAGUUCGAAAAAAGAAACACGAGAGGCUCGCAAAGUUCGCCGCAGGUGGGAUCCUUUGCCAUACGUACGUACGUGGAGGAGGAUCGCUAAUACCUUAUAUAGGACCAAAAUGGCGGGCGCAGGAGAAGUCUGGGUGCAGUGGUUCACAUGUUGUUUGACGCAGCAGGGUCCGGGUGCUCGUAGUAAACGACAAAGACCUCAGCAGAGGCGGAUAGACCGAAGUAUGAUCGGGGCGCCGACGAAUUUCCAACAUACAGGUCACAUCGGAAGUGGUGAUCUGGACAUGGCUAGCGCUCAUCUGUCCGCCAUUCAAACGCAAAUGCAAGGAAAGGGCGGCUACGAGGCGUCCUUCGGUGUUAAGGCUUGCUGAGACACGGUUGCCCCGAGGGUGUUGGAAACCGACUUGUGAUCAUUCGUCCCUAGCUGGGAUUCGAAGAUUUAAAAUGAGAGGAAAGUGUGCAGUGAAAACGAAAAAAAUGAUAAAUGAUUUUAAAAAUAUAUUCAUAUAACGCGAUGAAUUUUACAAUACGGCUAUAGCUGUUGUUAAUCAUAAAAUGAAAGUGAAAAGAAAGAAGAAAAUAAUGAAUCAUUGCGAUUCCUCCUCCUUGUAUAUAAUACAUAUUACAUAGGUAUAAUAUUAUUGAAACAUGCGGUGAAGAACUAUACAAAGAAAACGUAUGUACGCGAAUAUUAAAUAGAAUGAAACAAAAGUUGCAUAUGUAGAAUACAAUUUUUAAAGACAAUUAUAAAUAUUUUGCGUAUAUCGUCAACCGCCUGUAUGUACAGGCUUUAUAUUAUACAUAAUAGUCCUCCGCUAGAAUUUUAAAAAUAUUAUUUAAACGAUAAACGCGAAAGAAAAUAAAAAUAUGAAGAAGAAUAAGAUAAACUUGCUGUGGAUUACUCAGCUAAUCAUUAUUAUUAACAUUAUGACUAUUAUUUGUGUAAAGGAUAUGCCACAUACUAUAGUCUACGUGACUACUACAUAGCUAAUUAUAUCGUGAAACUGCUGCGUUGUGUUUUUGUUGAAAAUGAAUUGAAAAUUGGUCUUGAUUCAGACCGUUGACGAGUUCUAACUGUGUCGAAUUAAAAAUUUUUUUUAACCAUAUAAUUGACUAAGAAUGUACGUAAUUGAUCACAACAUUUGAUGAGUCAGAUUCGUAGGCAAUUUCUGAAUAUGAAUUUCGAAAAACUAAUCACUAUAUAUACGCUUCUAUUUAUUAAUUACUUCAAUCCGCGAAUUGCGACGUCACCGGCUUGGUAUCAUUCACUGUUUAUUGAUUACAAAUUUACAUACGUGUAAUUUUACAUAUAAUUUGGUGACCACCGACGAUGCAGUCGACGUGAAUUCAAUUUACCUUUUUUUCUUUUUAUAGUUUCGAAGAUAUGUUUUGAACAAGUAUUCCGAUUAAUUGGACUCGGUAGAAAUGAUCUAUUAUUGCCGAGCGAAUUUUCAAUUUAAUUAUGUACGAUUAUCAAUAUCAUAGAGCCAUUUUUAGUCUUCCGAUUAGUUUUUAUUAACGCGUAACAAAAUACUAUAUCAUACUGCCGGAUUAUUUCUACUUUCUCCCAAAAGUUGAAUAAUCUUUUCUGAACUACGAGGAAAAAUAAACAACCGGUAUACGGUAACACGCACUGAUAACAAAUUACAAUAAAAAUCUUUAAAUAAAUAAAUAAGAUAAGGUUCAUUCUCUCUAUACAUGCGAAAUAUUUUCGCGUCAUUUAUAACUACACAGGUUCAUACGCAGAAUUUAUACCAAUUCAUACAUCUUCAUUUCGAGCAUGAUUAAAGUCUCAAGUUUUAUUGAAGAUUUAUUAUAAUGACCAAUUGUAAGUGAUUAUUAUUAUUUUUAUGAGUAAUAUUAUUAUUGUUUUUUUUUCUAUUGGUUUGAGUAAAAAUUUAUAAUUUAAUUUAGAUUAUGUUUUAAAAGUUUAUUUAUUUUAUUGUAAAAAGGAAGAACAUCAGAAAAAAAUUAUAUCAGACAAUUUUCAAUUGACCAAUAAAAAUUUAGGGAAGAUAUAAUCUGUAGAAUAGUAUGGAGAGAAUAUUUCUAUACUUAAUACCUAAUGUUACGUAAACUUAUUAAUUAUUUGCGAAUCUGUAAUAAGGUAAUUGAUGAAGAAAAAAAGAAAUCUUUUUGUCAUGCUUCAAUAUUUAAUACUCAAUAAGUAAUAAUUCUCGUCAGCAGUUUGCUUGCGUCGGCGAUGAACGAUAGCUUUGUAUUAAAGCCAAAAGCAAUGAAUUCUAGCAAUUGGUAUGAUUAUAAAUUGCGAAAAAAAAUGGCGUGCAAUAAAUUGUUGAAAAGUCAGAAUGAAAUGUGCAUAGAAUUGCUGAAGAAGAGCAAAAGUAAAUGAAAAAAUUAGACACACGGAUGGAGAAUAUACAGUUCUUUAAAAAAAAUAAAUAAGGAAGGCAAUAUUAAUAGACUGUAUACAUGAUUUUUAACGUCACUAUAUUUAAUUGCGUUUUGUGAUUACAGUAAUGAUUAAUGUAUAUCUAGUUAAUGAUAAUAAUGUCAAUAUAAUCAUGACUGUAACUCCUAAUAAGAAAUAAAAGAUACCUACUGAACUGUCUCAUGGGGACCCUAUAAAA